AUGAGGACACCCCCGAGAAAGCGUCAUCGAGGGAAGUCUUCCCAAUCACCCAGGUCUAGACCAAGUGCUUUGAGGAAGCCUGCUACUAAGUCAGAACCGGGGCCUUCAGAAAGGCUUCAGGCCUACUUGAAAGAGCAGAAAAACACGAAGGAGAAGACAAAAGACGUGAAGUCAGAGUCAGAGACAAAGAGGAAAGGAGAGCCACGAGGAAGUGAAGGAUCAAAGGCCAAAGACAAGGCUGAGAAGAAGACAAAGGCAGGCAAAAGCAGUGAGAAGAAAGUUGCAGAUGAGAAGUCAGGCAAAGAUGAGGAGAAAAAAGGCAAAAGCGAGGAGGAGAAGGCAGACAGAGCUGAGGAGAAGAACCAAGGAAAAGGAAAGGAGCCGAAGGUUAGCCAUGUUGAGAAGAAGAAGAAGACACCAGACAAAGGUGAGGAGAAGAAAGGCAAAGGCGAGGAGGAGAAGGCAGGCAGAGUUGAGGAGAAGAACAGAGGAAAAGAAAAGGAGCCGAAGGUCUGCGAGAAAAAGCAGAAAGACAAAGGUGAGAAGAAAGGGAAAGACGAGGGAAAGGAGUUAGAAGGUGAGGAGAAGAAGGAAGGAACCAAGCAGAAGAAGGCACUUUCAGUUGCAGGUGAUGUGAACAAAGACGAUAAGAAAAGGAAGAACAAGAAGGAGGCCGAAGAGAAAGCCAAGACAAAGGGCAGCACAGAGAAAAAGAAAGAACCAAAAAUUGAGUAUGUUCCCUGCAAGAAGCCAAAGAUUGGCCACAUCUUUGAGACACCAGAACAAAAGCUGAAGAAAAGUACUCCAUCGGUGUCUUCUGCUGGUACAAUGACAUCAAAAGAGAAAGCAGAAGCUCACAUGAGAAGCCUCCAAGCCAUCCUAGAAGAUUCCGAUGAUGAGGAGGAUAGUUCCAGCGACAUGGACUCAGCAAACAGACGCAAGGAGUUGCAAGAGCUAGUGGAUGCGGCUCUCCCGAGGAUCAAACCUGUCGACAGUGACGAGGAAACGACAAAGUCAGAAAAGAAAGAAGACAAGGAGGAUGAGAAUGAAGAAGAAGAGAAGGAAGAUGAGGAGGAUGACGAAGACAGCUCAGAAGAUGGUUCAAGUGAAAGUUCUUGCAACGAGGAUGGAGAGAAGGUAGAGGAGGAGGGAGAUAAGGAAGAAGAAGAGAAUGAGGAGGAUGAUGAGGUGGAGGAGGCAGAGGUUGAAAAGCCCGAGCCCGACCCAAAUGCGCAUGCUUUGGUACCAGUGAGUAAGAAAACGGCACAGCAGGUCCAAAAGCUGCGCAACAGCGCCAGCAACAAGAGAGAGUGGGACUGCUUCGUCAAGCAGUUGAAGUCUCAUGGCACUGCCCCCAUUCACUUGAGUGAGUAUGCCACCACAAACCAAAAUAAGGUGGAGUUAUUCAACAUGUGGUUGGACUCGGGGAAGGACUGGUCAAGUUGCUCACUGAUGCUUGAGAGAAAGAUGGAGAGAAAGCAUGAAUCAGCCCGUGGCUGGUCAGCCAUUCAGGGUCGUGAGUUGCGUGCCAAGUACACCGCUGAAAAAUUCACUUCCCUGGUUGCUUCUAGAAAGGCAUCAGGGAUGUGGUACGCGGAUGAGGAUUUCCCCGACGAUGAUGAUGAAGCUUGGUUUUUCAUGCGCAUGGGCAACAGCUACAAGGAAAAAGAGUCGACAUCAGAAGCCAUGGCCCUCAAAGGAAAGAUGGAAGUGGACGCAGGUUUGAGGGCAGCCUUGACCGACGCUGAUGAAGGUCUUCUCCGGCCUGGCUGCUUGCCGAAGGUUGCCACUUCGUCUGCAGCUGGAAACAAAGCGCUCCUGAACAGUCUGGACAAGGCUUGGGAGACAUCUCGUGAGAUCUCGGGGUCACAGGGUACAAGCAGCACCGAAGAAAAAACAAAGAAGGAGGAGGAUAAAGCAGAGGAAAUGAAGCCACAGUCUUGGGAAUCCAAGGCGUCAGAUUCCUUGGGUGAGCUUCUGGCAAAUGCUGCCAAAGCCAGAACGAUGUCAAUCAAAUUGAACUCAGUUGAAUACGCAGGAGAGUUGUCCAAACAGCUUUUGGAACACGCUUCUCUUUUGGAGAAGUACUACCAAGAGUUGAAUGAAGCCUUGCAAAAGAAAUUGGGGGACGGUGUCCUCAAAAAGUUGUUGACGAAGAUCGACGACGUUGAAGCCUUUGCCUCCAAAGCCCAGGCAGUGGGUGGUUGCCGCUGCAGCUCUCCUGAAGCCUCCAGCGAAGCCGAAGACGAAGAAGGGGUAGAGGACCACCCAAUUCCCAACAAAGCACUGCAGAGCUUUGCUGCCUUGGGGUCACACGGCAAAUGUGUGGCCAAUGCAGAGCGCGACCUCCACAGAUGGCUGCGGGGUAACUUCACGCUGUGUGGUGGACACUCCGGUGAAGAUCUGUUUGCCCCACGAGUACGAGCACGAGCCAAUGACAUCAUAGCGCAGGUGAUGGCCUGGUCCAUGGGCAUAGCUCUUUCCGGUGUGUUUCCUGAGAUGUGCGACCGAUGCUUAGCUCGAACUGGUGUUGGCUGCCCAGAUGAGAUGAACUACCGCAACUUCUCUGAGACCAAGGCGUGGGAUCUCACACUCAUUGAUCACAGCGGCUACCUAGUCCGGGAGAGGUUGUCUUUGACCCCGUGGUUAUGCAUGGAUGGCUUCCGGGUGGAGAGCAUGAGUUUUGACUGGAUGCACAAUGUGUACUUGGGAACUGGUCGUGAUCUUUUUGCCAGUGGAGUGAGAACACUGGUUGAAAGGGGGGUCUACAGCUACACUGGCUUGACAGAUUUGGAUGACAUUCUGGGUCAUGUUGAACAACGCAUCCAUGAAAAGUGCAAAGUUCACAAGCUCUCGUUGCCGAAAAAACCGCAUCUUUGUCUCCAAACACUGGGAGGGGAUGAAGACUACGCAGAGUUGUCCACCAAGUUCAAAGCUGCCCACGUCAAGAUUCUACUGUGGUGGUUGGCCAGGGAGUCACAGCGUUGGGCAGAUAGUCACCCAGACGUACCUUGCUAA